UUAUUAGUAUCCAAAAAAAGUUGUCACAAAAAAUUAAAAAAUAUUCGACCAUCUUAUAAGAAUCCCUCUCCCUCUAUCUCUCUAUACCAUCAAGCACGCAAACUCGUAUCCGUAACACUGUUAGGGUUAAAGAAGUGUCGAUCUUACUUGUUCAGCAAGCCUUACAGAGAUAUCUUGAUUAGAAGCAGCCAUGGCAAUUUUGCUUUCUUUGUUUCUUAUCUUCUCCAUGGUUACUUAUUCAAACGCUGCGGUUUGUGUGUGUAAGGACGGAGACGAGCAAGCGCUUCAGAAGGUAAUAGACUACGCGUGUGGAUCAGGUGCUGACUGUUCGCAGAUUGAGCAAAAUGGUCCUUGUUUCCAACCGAACACCGUUAAAAACCACUGUGAUGUCGCCGUUAACAGCUUUUAUCAGAAGAAAGCUUCCACUGGUGCAACGUGUGACUUUAACGGCGCCGCCGUAGUCUCCACUUCCCCUCCUUCAAAUGCUUCUAGUUGUUUAUCUAGUUCCGGCUCCACUAGUACUCCGACCACUGGAACUCCAUCCACCGGAAAUCUAACCACCGGAACUCCAUCUACCGGAACUCCAUCCACCGGAAAUUCAACCUUUGGAAUGCCAACCAAUCCCACCACUGGAGUGCCGACUUCAUCUGUAUUCCCUGGAACUAGUAUGGGACCCUCCGGGAGCACCGGUUUCGAUCCAAGCGGUGGAGAGAAACACUAUGUCCAAACCACGACCGUCAUUGUCCUAACCACCAUCGCGGCUGUGGCUUUGCGAUUUUAGGUGUGAGAUCAUCUCAGACUAAUUAAGGGUUUUACUUGCUAUAGACGGUUGAGAUUUUGCCAACGGUGUGUUUUACGUAGGUGAAAUGCUAGAGCUGUCUCUUUUUCUUCCCACUUUAUUUUCUCUUUUUGGUUUGUUAUAAAACUCUUUUUAGGGUUUGGAAUUACUUCUUUAGUAUUUUGUUAUAUAUAAAGUUAAAAAUCAAUAAAGAGCUUUACUUGCUUUUUUUUUCUAUAAUCCAUAAUAUGAGAUGCUACUUGGUUAAGCUUGUCCUUCCUUGUCCGUUUAAGCAGUCCGUUUUUUGGCUCUCUCCCCUUGAUUCGCCUUGCCGGAGUUCUGGUUUAGCUCUCAUCCGGAGGCGCUAGCUCGAGGAGUGAACCGCAAUCUACGGUGGAUGGGUUGCUGGAGUGAAGGCGCAGUCGCGUGGAGGGGUAAAGUGUGGUGAAGUUAUACUCCGGGAGGUGGAGGCUACUAAAGCUCCGUCGCCGCCGGUCAAGUCUCCGGGAGGUGUUUGGCUUCUUCAGCAAGCCUCGUCGGUCCUGUCUCCGGGGGGGGUGAAGGCGUACUUAGCCUUGCGUCGCCGGUUCUAGUGGGGUAAAGUGGUGUUCUCGGUUUUGGAUCGAACAUAGUGUUGGAUCGAUGAGUUCUGUGGUUCGUGGCUUUCACAAGGCGGAUGAGGGCUCGAAGAGAUCGAGGCGGCUCUCCGUAGAAAGGUCAGUAAACGGAAGAAAAGAGGUUUCGGUGGAGGCUCUCCGGUUUUGAGCUCCGCCGUAACGAGGGUUUCGGUGGUGGGGUUUGGGGCUUCUCGCUUCGCCGACGGUCAGGUCGAGGUAUAGGUUGACGCGUGGCGCGCUGAGAAGGAGAUUACAACACGUGUCCCGCCUCCUUGACGAGUGGGCCAUAAGGGGAAGUCCGGCCCGUUGAGUUUGUGGCGAUUGGUGUGGGCUUUAGGCCCGUCUUGUGUUUUAAAUUUUGCCCAGCGUUUUGUGGGCCUUAGUAUUGUAAUUUGUUUCUGGUGUUGGGCCAGCCUUGUUGGGCUUAGUCCCCUGAAUUUUAAUUAAAAAUAACUUUGACGG